UUCGUUAAAAUAGAUAUGUCAAAAUAUUUAUUAUUAUUUUUCGUAACUGACUUGUUUUGCUAUGCUUUUUAUUUUUUAUCAUAUAAUUUCCCCAAUAAAUAUACAAUGUCGAACUAUUUGUCAAUAACAGAUAUUUUAGUGACCAAUGAAAAAGUGCCAUGUAAAUUUUUACACGAUUUACCGAAAAUGGGAUUUCUAGAUCCUUCAGCUGCUGAAGACGAUUUAAAAGCCGGCACAAAUGUUGAAAUACCUUUGUGGCUGGCAGAAUCUCUUCAGUCUAGAAGACCUCCCUUGGUCAGUGUAGACUUACCAAAAAUUUACAAAGAUUCUUACAGAGAAAUUCUAAAUGCAGAUGCUUGUACUGUAGACAUGCAUAAAUUAAGUCAAUAUUUUUAUGAAUUGGGCUGCUACAUAGCCAAACACGAUAUAAAAGGGGAAGUUGCAGCUACAUUAGAAAAUACGUGUAAACAACGAUUUCGUUUGCUGCUUUCGGCAAGUGUGUCUACCGAUACAUUGGGCACCAUGCAGCCUCUGUCGGCCAGUGAACGCAAGCGCGCCGCCGCUGCCGCCAGCACUGAAAACUCGCUGUCUGCGUGGCUCCAGAGAGGAGACUGCCCACUAACUACAGCCAGCAUGGUUGCUAAUCAUAGGAAAAGAAAAAGAGCACAAAUGGAAAUGUUUUAGUUAGGAAAUUAAUUAUGUUUAAGGAUAUUAUGUAAAUAAAUAUUAGUCUAAUUAUC